AUGCCGAAACGUUCUUUUGACGAAUGUUUUUUCCACUUCGAGGCGGACGCCGCUGAAAUGGGCAAGAUCGACAACACCAUUCGCCUUGCCGGUCUCAAACUCCCCAUGGGCAAGCGCGUGAUCGGAAGAACGCAUGCCGACUUGAUCGUAGCUCUUGGAGCAUCUGACAUCGGCCGCAACUGCACUGGCACUCAGCUCCUGGUCGUCGCACGUCUCUGCAUCCUCUACGAGGCUAUUGUCGAGACCUACAUCAAGUACCCCUACCUUGACAUCAACAGCGACUACUUCUUCGAGGAAGCGCUCGCGGGCAUCUCAGAGAAUUACCCCAGCAUUUCGAACCAAACGCCAACAAGAAAGACCGAUGCUGUGCAGGAUACUCCCCCCGUCCAGCCUCAUGGUGCCCAGCCUAAUGACAGCGGCAGCGAGACAUUCAUCGGUCAAGACCUCAUGGAGCCCUCCGCGGCUGCUACGCACAAGAGAGCUCGCAUCCAGCUGGAGGAGCUUGUGAGGGACUGGAUGGCGGUCCGCGCCAUUGCGCGACGCAAGCAAGCCAAAGCCGACAAACCCAAGACCGCCGCCGUUUCCUGUCCCGAGCAGCAGCCCGGCGAGUCCAACAAGGCGUACAUCCUGCGCCCCCAAAAGGAAUGCGAGUGUUACGUCGAGGAGAACGAGAUGUACGAAAAGGAAGUGUCCAGGGAGACUAAAAAGCACGACGAUCUCUACGAUGAUUACAACGCCGACAGCGAGUGGCGGAGGGAGGAAAGUGAGAUGCAGGAGAAGCACGUCGCGCGCAUCGACCGAAUGCAGGACACCAUUGACAGGCAAAGCGACGAGAUCGACGAGCUGAAGCAGCGGCUGAGCGUGGCCGGCGACAGCUGGGUGAACGCCCAUGGCCGACCAGAACAGCGCGGAGGCUUCCCCGGAGCCCGUGGAGGCCCCAGAGGCCGUGGCGGAUUCACUGGAUUCCCCGGCUUCUAA